AUGGACAUUACAGGUUAUGCUCCGGACAAUGUGAAGUUCCAGUAUAACACGGUACCAGAGGUGUUCUCGCCGGCCCUGGAGGCAAUUGAAUAUAAGGAGGUGGUGUUCCACAACAACUUCCGCCAGGACCGCACUAAAUGGCAAGGCCCGCCAAACGACGACGUCGACAAGGCGUGGAGGGAAAUUUAUAUCGAUAUCGGCGUCAUCAAGAUCCCCAAGUUAGAUGCUGACAGGCUGCCAAACCAAACCCUGCCCAUUCCGGGGGAGGAGGACGGAUACAUCAUUGCCCUGGAGGUCUAUCACCAGUUGCAUUGCUUGGAUCUGCUGCGGAAGCAUCUGUACCCUGAUCGGUACGGAGCUGAUAGGGGAAUGAGUCCCGCCGCGAAGAAGAAGUACUGGGUUCACUUGGAGCACUGCAUCGACAACCUCCGGCAGACCAUCAUGUGCCAUUCUGACAUCAGCACGAUUUCUUGGGUGCAUCAUGAACUUGGCGGUCAAUUCCCGGAUGCCCAUUCCACUCAUGUCUGCCGCGACUUUGAUAAACUCACCGAGUGGAUGCUGCAUCCGGACCGUCAUUUCCCGCAAGAAGAAUUUCAACUACGUCUCGACGCCUUGGAGGCUGCAGCAAGCACCUGA